GUGGACGCGUAUUUUGUAAUAUUAAAAGUUUAAACAAAUUGUGAAGUUUUUUAAUAAUAUUCUAUAAUUUUACUAAGUAUAAAGUGUAAUCAAUAAUAAUGUCAAAAAAAAAUAAAUCUAUACAACAAAAAGCUGAUGAAGAUCUAACAGCCCAGGCAAAAGAUUUUCUAAUUGAAAUUCUAACAUUAUUAAAAAAACAAAAUGAAUUUAAUUCCCAGAUCUAUAAUUUGUUACAACAAAGUGAGAAUAACAAAAACAUUUUGGCGGGAAUCGAAAAUUUAAAAGACACUAUAGUGAAUCAAAAUAAUAUACUUACAAAUGUUCUAUCUAACCAAAUAGUAGCACUAAAUUCAUCUUUUAAAUCACAUUUUGAACAUCCAAAAUAUACCACACUUUUUCCGCUUUCAUCAGAAAAGGAUUUAAACGAUUUUGAGAACAUGAUUAACGAUGACAAUAAAAGUGAAAUUGUUUCGUCUAUAAAACGCGUUCUGGGAAAUAAAAAUUUGCAAAAAGGAAUUUGUAACAUUAUUUCCAAUAAGAUGUUAUUGGAGUACAAUAUGAGAGGAAUUCAAGGAAAAAAGCGAUUAAUGGAUUACAAAGCAAUUAUGAAUGUUAUAUUUUAAAAAAAUAAAUCUAUACAACAAAAAGCUGAUGAAGAUCUAACAGCCCAGGCAAAAGAUUUUCUAAUUGAAAUUCUAACAUUAUUAAAAAAACAAAAUGAAUUUAAUUCCCAGAUCUAUAAUUUGUUACAACAAAGUGAGAAUAACAAAAACAUUUUGGCGGGAAUCGAAAAUUUAAAAGACACUAUAGUGAAUCAAAAUAAUAUACUUACAAAUGUUCUAUCUAACCAAAUAGUAGCACUAAAUUCAUCUUUUAAAUCACAUUUUGAACAUCCAAAAUAUACCACACUGUUUCCGCUUUCAUCAGAAAAGGAUUUAAACGAUUUUGAGAACAUGAUUAACGAUGACAAUAAAAGUGAAAUUGUUUCGUCUAUAAAACGCGUUCUGGGAAAUAAAAAUUUGCAAAAAGGAAUUUGUAACAUUAUUUCCAAUAAGAUGUUAUUGGAGUACAAUAUGAGAGGAAUUCAAGGAAAAAAGCGAUUAAUGGAUUACAAAGCAAUUAUGAAUGUUAUAUUUUUGGCAAGAUCAUCAGAUGUAACAACGGAGAUUGAAUUUUUAGCAGAAAUGCGGAAAGCCAUUAAAUUCGCUAAAAAUAAGCAUUUUAAGAUGAAUUGUUUAAAACGAAAAAGAGA